AUGGGUCCAUCCAGCUGGGGAGAGGGGACAGGGCCGGUGGCAGUGCCCCCCCGUGUGGUGUCCCCCCCGCUGGCAGCCCAGGUGCCGGAGGACAGGGGAGUGGGCUUUGGCCUCAUCAGCUCCGAGAAGGAUGCGGCCGUGGCCAAGAAGCUGGUGCCGGUACCCAGUGCGGGUACCCAGUGCCGGUACCCGGUGCGGGUACCCAGUGCCGGUUCCCAGUGCCAGUACCCAGUGCGGGUACCCGGUGCCGGUUCCCAGUGCCGGUACCCAGUGCGGGUACCUGGUGUGGGUACCCAGUGCCGGUACCCGGUGCCAGUACCCAGUGCGGGUGCCCGGUGUGGGUACCCAGUGACGGUACCCAGUGCCAGUUCCCAGUGCCGGUACCCGGUGCUGGUACCUGGUGCCGGUAUCCUGUGCUGGUACCCAGUGCCAGUACCCAGUGCGGGUACCCAGUGCCGGUACCCAGUGCCGGUACCCAGUGCGGGUACCCGGUGCCGGUACCCGGUGCCGGUACCCGGUGCCGGUACCCAGUGCCAGUACCCAGUGCGGGUACCCGGUGCCGGUACCCAGUGCCGGUACCCAGUGCCGGUACCCGGUGCCGGUUCCCAGUGCCGGUACCCAAUGCCAGUACCCAGUGCGGGUGCCCGGUGUGGGUACCCAGUGACGGUACCCAGUGCCAGUUCCCAGUGCCGGUACCCGGUGCUGGUACCUGGUGCCGGUAUCCUGUGCUGGUACCCAGUGCCAGUACCCAGUGCGGAUUUCAAGGCCUUCGAGGAAGCGGCGGAGGAGUUUCACCCCUAAAUCCCCUUCUUCGCCACCUUCGACAGCAGGGUUGCCAGGAACCUCACCCUGAAGCUGAACGAGGUCGACUUCUACGAGCCCUUCAUGGAGGAGGCGCUGAGCGUCCCCGGCCAGCCCCACGGCAAGGACGAGCUCGUGGCCUUCGUGGGGGAGCACAGGCAGGCCACUCUGCGGAAGCUCAAAGCAGAGAGCAUGUACGAGACCUGGGAGGAUGACAUGGAGGGGAUCCACAUCGUGGCCUUCGCAGAGGAGGAUGAUCCAGAUGGAUUCGAGUUCCUGGAGACCCUGAAGGACGUGGCCCGGGAUAAGACAGAUGACCCCGACCUCAGCAUCCCCUGGAUCGACCCCGAGGGUUUCCCACUGCUCAUCCCUUACUGGGAGAAAACCUUCAACAUCGACCUGUCCCGGCCCCAGGUCGGGGUGGUCAACGUCACCGACGCCGACAGCGUGGGGCUGGAGGUGGCGGACGAGGACGAGCUGCCCGGCCCGGCCGAGCUGCAGGAGUGGAUCGAGGACGUGCUGGCGGGAGACAUCAACACCGAGGACGACGACGACGAUGAUGAUGAUGAUGAUGACGAUGACGAUGAUGAUGACGACUAGGCCUUGUGCUGAGCCCCAUCCCCGCGCCGGCCAUUAAAGUCCCCAAAAAAACCAGUUUGUGUUGCAGGAGGUGGGCGUGGAGAUGCG